AUGAAUUUUAAAAUACGGGCUGCAACGAAAGAAGACUGCAAAGAAAUCUCAAGAAUGAUAAUGGAGCUGUCAGUCUUUGUAAAAAUGCCUGACCAGGUGAAGAUAUCUCAUGAAGAACUGGAGCGCGACGGUUUCUGCCAGAAUCCCUUCUUUGAGUGCCUCAUUGCAGAAGUUCCUGAGGAGAGUAAAUCUAAAGAAGGAUACACAGUUGUUGGAUAUGCUGUUUACUUUUACACGUACAGUACUUGGAAAGGACGGACUGUAUACUUGGAGGACCUCUAUGUGAUGCCAGAAUUCAGAGGAACUGGCAUCGACAAAGGUUUACUGAGCAAAGUGGCAGAGGUAAGAAUGAAGAAGCAGUGCGUGCGGCUUCAGCUGUCUGUGUUGAACUGGAACGCCCUUGUUCGGGACUUCUGUGCUGCUAAAGGAGCUCAGGAUCUCACUGUCACUGAAGGCUGGCACUUCAUACGUUUUGAUGGACAAAACUUGGACAAUUUAGCAAAUGAAGCACCAAAAGAUUGAAAGU